AGACAAGUGAAUGUUUUAUUUUGAUUGGGUUCAGUAAUGGAUGCCUUACUGCUGUCCAUUUGAGCAACCCACUACAGAAGAUGGCUGUCAGUACAACCUAUCAGAUCAAGCUUCAUGACGGUUGUCCAGUCACUGACAUUUGUUCUGUCAACUCAACUUCUAUUGUUGCUGCUUGUGGUGUCAAGCUAUACUUCCUUGAGGCACGUCCUCAAAAGAUCAGUGCAACACAGACUAUACGUCCAGAACUGAUAAAAUCUGGAUCCUUGUGUUUGCAGACCACCCUCAGACUAGAUACUUAUGAACCCAUCAGGGCCAUCGUGGUGGCACAGGAG